AUGGGUGACUGGUCGUACCUGACUUCACUGCUGGAUAAAGUUCAGUCUCAUUCCACCGUGGUUGGAAAGAUCUGGAUGAGUGUCCUCUUCCUGUUCAGGAUCUUUGUCCUGGGUGCAGCUGCAGACAAAGUCUGGGGAGAUGAAGUGUCACUGUUCUUCUGUGACUCUAAGGAACCAGGAUGUGAUAACGCCUGCUACAACUGGAAAUUCCCAAUGUCCCACAUUCAUUACUGGAUUUUACAAAUCACCUUCGUGUCCACACCUACCCUGGUCUACCUGAGUCAUGCUAUACACAUCAUUCACAAAGAGCAAAACAUGAUGGAACACCAACAAGAGGGAAUUGUGCUGAAGAAACGAAAGUAUACGGACGAGAGAGGGAAGGUAGAGAUCAAAGGCAUCCUGUUUUGUUCCUACAUAACCCAGUUAAUUGCCAAGAUUCUCCUGGAAGUAGGAUUUAGCGUGGGUCAGUUCUAUAUAUUUGGUCCUGUAUCUGUGGCUCCUAGAUUUCUCUGUGAAGUUGAGCCUUGUGCUGAAUUAUCAGGUUCUCAGUGCUUUGUUUCUCGUCCAACUGAGAAGACAAUCUUCAUAUAUUUCAUGUUUGUAGUUUCAGGCAUUUCUGUGCUUCUUAACAUCAUUGAAAUAGUUUACCUCCUGUGUAUAAAGAGGAGAAAGGCCAGAAAGCGACUCGUAGCUAAAGAAAAUAUGGUGAGUUCACAUCUCUGCACACCUUAUUCCAGUAAGAAGUCCAUGAGCUGCCAGUACGAAGCCUUUCCACUGACUGUUUCCAAUGGCUUCCCUCUGCCAGGCCUUGAUGGCAACCUCUCUGAUUCCACUGGGAAAGAAAAGGACACCUGA